AUGCUUGAAACACAUCAUUUACUUACUCUCCUGGCGUAUGCCAUCACGGCCAGUGCCCACGGCCACAUCAGCAACGUCGUUAUAAACGGUGUAUCGUAUCCCGGCUACGACAGUCCAGCAUGGUACGGCAACCCCAACGCCCCCAACGUCUUUGGGUGGACAAUUAGCCAGCAGGACAAUGGGUUUGUCUCUCCAGACGCCUUUGGCUCCUCCGACAUCAUCUGCCAUAGAGAAGCAGUCCCGGCCAAGUCUCACGUCCAAGUUGCUGCUGGCGAUAUCCUCACCCUCCAAUGGACACCUUGGCCGGACUCUCACCACGGCCCUGUUAUUGAUUACUUGGCUAAUUGCAAUGGGCCGUGCGAGUCGGUAGAUAAGACCACUCUUGAGUUCUUCAAGAUUGAUGGUGUUGGCAUCAUAUCCCAGGGCAGUCCGGGAACCUACGCCGACGAUGUGUUGAUCUCAAAGAACAACACCUGGGAAGUCAAGAUUCCUGCCAACAUCGCACCGGGGAACUAUGUCCUCCGCCAUGAGAUCAUCGCUCUGCACAGCGCUGGCUCUGAGAAUGGCGCUCAAGCCUACCCACAAUGCUUCAAUCUCAAAAUCACUGGUUCAGGGUCCCUCAAACCAGCUGGUGUCAAGGGGACGGCUCUGUAUAAAGCCACCGAUCCAGGUAUCUUGGUCAACAUUUACACGAGCAGCGUGAAUUACAUUGUUCCAGGACCAACUUUGGUGGCGGGACUUCCUUCAUCCGUAGCUCAGAAUCCUUCACAAAUUACGGCUUCGGCCACGGCGACGCCUGGCGAUCAGACCGGUCCCGGAACUCCUACCACUACUUUGGCCACAUCUGUCAAGACUAGCUCUGGCAGCUCGGGUGGAUUGCAAACUGUUUAUGGCCAGUGUGGUGGUCAAAGCUGGACAGGGCCGACUGCUUGUGUUGGAGGUGCGAAGUGUGCGACGCAGAAUGCGUACUAUGCGCAGUGUACGCCUGCGUAG